UACGGAGGAGCUGGUGGCCGUGGCAUUCGAACUUCCUCCACCAGCAACAGCUUUGAGGGCCUUGGCUAUGGCUUGAAACACACCAACUCCUUUAAUGAUCUGCUGCUUGAUGGCAAUGUUAAAAGUUCCAUGCAGAAUUUGAACGAACGCCUGGCUUCGUAUCUGGAAAAGGUGCACUCCUUAGAAAAAAAGAACUCUCAUCUUGAAAAGGAGAUCCGGCUGUGGUAUGAGAAAAGUUCCCCUGUUGCUAGAAAAGACUACAGUGCAUACUAUAAAACUAUUACAGAGCUCCAAAACCAGAUUGUUGCAGCACGAAUGAAUAACACCCAGAUCAUCCUGGAGAUUGACAACAGCAAGCUGAUUGCUGAUGAUUUCCGAAUGAAAUAUGAGACUGAGCUGAGCCUCAGGCAAGCUGUGGAAGGCGACUCAGUUCGGCUGCAGAGACUAAUUGACGAUUUGACCCUGAUUAAGGCUGAUCUGGAACUCCAGGUUGAAGGUCUGAAGGAAGAACUGAUUUACCUCAAAAAAAACUAUGAGAAUGAAUCAGAAGAUUUGCGCAAGAAGCUGAGUGGGACCGUGAACGUGGAGGUAGAUGCUGCUCCAAGCGUUGACAUGGCCCAGGUUAUGGAAAACAUGCGCAAGGAGUAUGAACUCAUUGCCGAAAAGUACCGUCAAGAGGCGAAGGAGCGGUUUGAUAAACUGACUGAAGAAUUCAAUAAGGAAGUGACCAUCAUCACCACUGAAAUUGAGAGCUUUCAAACUCAGACCACAGAACAGAGACGCACACUCAGGAGCCUUGAGAUUGAACUCCAAUCCCAACUUAACAUGAAAGCGAAUCUCACGAGUAAUCUGGCAGAUGUCGAAGCGCGUUAUAGGGUGGAGCUGGGCCAAAUACAAGCACAUAUUGCGAGUAUUGAAGAACAGCUGUGGCAACUGCGACAAAACAUGGAGCAGCAGAAUAACAGCUACAGCAUCCUCUUGGACAUUAAGGUCAAGUUAGAGGCAGAGAUUGCCACUUAUCGUCGACUGCUGGAAGGGGAAGAGACCAGGUGA